AUGGGUCGUCUUCACUCCAAGGGAAAGGGCAUUUCUGCCUCCGCUCUCCCCUACUCUCGCACUCCCCCCAGCUGGUUGAAGACCACUCCCGACCAGGUCGUUGACCAGAUCUGCAAGCUCGCCAAGAAGGGUGCCACUCCCUCCCAGAUCGGUGUUGUCCUCCGUGACUCCCACGGUGUUGCCCAGGUUAAGACCGUCACCGGUAACAAGAUCCUCCGUAUCCUCAAGUCCAACGGCCUCGCCCCCGAGCUCCCCGAGGAUCUGUACCACCUCAUCAAGAAGGCCGUUGCCGUCCGCAAGCACCUCGAGCGUAACCGCAAGGACAAGGACAGCAAGUUCCGUCUGAUUCUCAUCGAGUCCCGUAUCCACCGUCUGUCUCGCUACUACAAGUCCGUCGGUGUCCUGCCCCCCACCUGGCGCUACGAGUCCUCGACUGCCUCUACCAUGGUCGCUUAG